GACAUCGAAAAUAUCACUAUACAUUUGAAAUAAUAUUAGCACAGAGAUAACAAUUUCGCAGGAGACGACUAAUCAUGACUCUAACGAUAUUAUCUUUAAUUCCUUUCUUGGCUAUUUCUCAUAGUGCAUUAGUCACAUUAGAUCCCAGAAUUGUAGGAGGAAGAAAUGCUAAGCCAGGUGAAAUCCCAUAUCAGGUCUCUCUCCAGACUAUCCAAACAGGACAUCACUUCUGCGGUGGAGUUGUACUCAAUCAAAACUACGUGUUGACUGCCGCUCAUUGCGCGUUUGGUACUGAUGUCGAGCUUAUCUCAGCCACUGUGGGAACGACGGAUUUACAAAAACCAUAUGCGGUGCAUUUCAUCGAGUCCUCUUAUAUACACGAAGGAUACGAUAGCAAUAAUUCCUGGAUCAAUGAUAUCGCUCUACUUAAGCUUAAAUCUCCAUUUAAUUUUUCCACUUUGGUAUCCUCUGUUGUAUUACCAAAGCAAAAUCAAACUGUGAAGGCUAAUUCAAUAGCAGUCGUGUCAGGAUACGGCAGAUUAUGGUAUAACGGAAACAGGACCACGGAAUUAAACGUUGCUAGCAUCAAAAUAGCUAAUCAAGACUACUGCAGAUAUAUGUAUGCGAAACAUUCGAAAAAUAUUUUCGACACGCAUAUCUGCGCAAACGAGCCAACUGUAGAAAGGGGUUCGUGCAAGGGUGAUUCCGGUGGUCCUCUCACUGUCGAUGGAAAACUCAUCGGACUCGUCUCGUGGUCAUAUCGUUGCUCUGACAUGAUAUAUCCUUCCGUUUACACACGCGUCCCAUCAUACGUCAAUUGGAUCAGAAAGUACGCCGUGUGAGUUAAAAUAAUUAAUAUGCGAAACGUAAAAAUCAAUUUCGAUGUUUGACGACAUAUGCCAAACUA